AUGACGGGGUGCAAACUAGUUGAUACCCCUAUAGAAGCAAAUGCAAAGUUAAGUAAUAUGAGUAAAAGUGUUCCAGUGAGCAAAGAAAGAUAUCAGCGACUUGUUGGGAAAUUAAUAUAUCUAUCUCAUACUAGACCCGACAUCUCUUAUGCAGUGAGUAUGGUAAGUCAGUUCAUGCAGUCUCCAUACGAAGAACAAAUGAGGGUAGUAGAGUGCAUUUUGAGAUAUCUGAAAACCUCUCCAGGGAAAGGCUUAAUGUUUAGGAAAACUGAAAAACGAUGUAUCGAAGCUUACAUCGAUGUUGAUUGGGUAGGAUCUGUAGUAGACAAAAAAUCAACAUCAGGGUAUUGUACCUUUGUGUGGGGCAACCUUGUUACAUGGAGAAGCAAAAAACAAGGUGUUGUUGCCAGAAGUAGUGUCGAGGCAGAAUACAGGGUCAUGAGUCUGGGAAUCUGUGAAGAGAUCUGGCUUGAAAAAGUUUUGAAAGACCUUGAUCAAGAGCAUACCAGUCCAAUGAAACUCUACUGUAAUAAUAAAGCAGCCAUAAGCAUAGCAAAUAACCCUAUUUAA